CAGAUUUUAAUAUCCUGACUUGUUGGGUAAGUCUCUAAAUAUUCGUAGUUUGCAUCCAAGUCCCUGACUACUUUCUUCUCCCAAAUCUCCUCCUUUUAUUUUUACUUUCGUCCCAUAAACUCAAAAAACACUCUUUUUCAAAUCCAGUAGAGAGAUUCAAGACGGGUCUCAUCGAAAGUUCGAAUCUUUCGUCAUCUGAUUUGCUUUCUCUUAGGGUUUUUUCAAUUUCGAUUUAGUGUUCUUCAUCAAUGGCGACACCUAUGGUUAGUUCGGCUGGAGGGUUACUAGCAAUGCUCAACGAGCCUCAUCCUGCUUUGAAGCUUCAUGCGCUCUCUUAUCUCAACAAUUUGGUUGACCAAUUCUGGCCUGAGAUCUCCACUAGUGUCCCCAUCAUUGAGAGUUUAUAUGAAGAUGAAGAAUUCGAUCUGCAUCAAAGACAGCUUGCUGCUUUGCUGGUCUCUAAGGUUUUCUAUUACUUGGGCGAGCUUAAUGAUUCAUUGUCUUAUGCCCUUGGAGCUGGGCCCUUAUUUGAUGUUUCAGAGGAUUCUGAUUAUGUUCAUACGCUUCUAGCCAAAGCAAUAGAUGAAUAUGCCAGUCUCAGAUCAAAGGCAGUUGAGUCAAAUGAGAUGGUGGACAUUGAUCCCAGGCUGGAGGCGAUUGUUGAAAGAAUGCUUGGAAAAUGCAUCAGUGAUGGGAAGUAUCAACAAGCCAUGGGCAUUGCGAUAGAAUGCCGGAGAUUGGAUAAGUUGGAAGAGGCUAUCACUAAGAGCGAUAAUGUUCAGGGAACUUUAUCAUAUUGCAUCAAUGUUUCUCAUUCCUUUGUUAACCGCAGAGAGUAUAGACAUGAGGUGCUUAGUUUACUUGUUAAAGUCUACCAGAAGCUGCCUUCUCCUGAUUAUUUGAGCAUUUGUCAAUGCCUCAUGUUUUUGGAUGAACCGCAAGGUGUUGCAAGCAUUUUGGAGAAGCUUCUUCGCUCGGAGAGCAAGGAUGAUGCUUUACUGGCGUUGCAAAUUGCAUUUGAUCUUGUAGAGAACGAGCACCAGGCCUUUCUCUUGAGUGUUAGAGAUCGCCUUCCAGCUCCCAAAACACGUCCUGUAGAAGCAACUCAGGCUGUUGAAACUACUACUGCUCCGAAUGAGAACCCUUCGGGGGAUGUUCAGAUGGCGGAUGAAACUCCAGCUCAGACAAUUGUGCACGAGACAGAUCCAGUUGAUGCUACAUAUGCUGAGAGGUUGACAAAGAUUAAGGGAAUUUUAUCUGGAGAGACAUCUAUUCAGCUGACACUUCAAUUUCUUUACAGCCACAACAAAUCGGACCUGCUGAUACUGAAGACAAUCAAACAGUCUGUAGAGAUGCGGAACAGUGUAUGCCACAGUGCUACAAUAUAUGCUAAUGCCAUUAUGCAUGCUGGAACUACAGUGGACACUUUCCUUAGAGAGAAUUUGGAUUGGUUAAGCAGGGCAACCAAUUGGGCUAAGUUUAGUGCUACAGCGGGAUUAGGUGUUAUUCACAGAGGUCAUUUGCAACAGGGUAGGUCAUUGAUGGCUCCAUACUUGCCUCAGGGAGGAGCAGGUGGUGGUGGGAGUCCUUAUUCCGAAGGAGGUGCUUUAUAUGCCCUUGGCCUUAUUCAUGCUAACCAUGGCGAGGGAAUCAAGCAAUUUUUACGUGAUAGCCUACGCAGCACUAAUGUUGAGGUCAUUCAACAUGGAGCUUGCUUAGGUCUUGGCUUGUCAGCUCUCGGGACAGCUGAUGAAGAGAUAUAUGAUGAUGUCAAAAGCGUGCUUUAUACUGAUAGUGCAGUUGCUGGUGAAGCUGCUGGCAUCAGCAUGGGUUUAUUAUUGGUUGGAACUGCUACUGAAAAGGCAAGUGAGAUGCUUGCUUAUGCUCAUGAGACACAGCAUGAGAAGAUAAUAAGGGGAUUGGCUCUAGGAAUAGCUCUUACAGUAUACGGUAGAGAAGAAGGAGCAGAUACCUUGAUUGAGCAGAUGACUAGAGAUCAGGAUCCUAUCAUUCGUUAUGGUGGCAUGUACGCAUUGGCAUUGGCUUACAGUGGAACCGCAAACAACAAGGCAAUUCGACAAUUGCUGCACUUUGCUGUAUCUGAUGUCAGUGAUGAUGUUAGGAGGACUGCUGUUCUGGCACUUGGAUUUGUCUUGUACUCUGAUCCAGAGCAGACUCCCCGUAUUGUAUCUCUGCUUUCUGAGUCGUACAAUCCACAUGUUCGCUAUGGUGCGGCUCUUGCAGUGGGUAUUUCUUGUGCAGGCACUGGCCUCAGCGAAGCGAUAUCCUUGUUGGAGCCACUUACAUCAGAUGUUGUUGACUUUGUUCGUCAAGGUGCUUUGAUUGCAAUGGCCAUGGUGAUGGUUCAAAUUAGCGAAGCUAGCGAUUCUCGUGUUGGAGCAUUUAGGCGCCAACUUGAGAAGAUUAUACUCGACAAGCACGAAGAUACAAUGAGCAAGAUGGGAGCAAUUCUGGCCUCUGGUAUCCUUGAUGCUGGUGGUAGGAACGUUACUAUCAGACUGCUCUCUAAGACCAAACAUGACAAAGUCACUGCUGUUAUCGGCCUUGCAGUCUUCAGCCAGUUUUGGUAUUGGUACCCACUGAUCUAUUUCAUUAGUUUGGCCUUCUCACCAACUGCUUUCAUCGGUUUGAAUUACGACCUUAAGGUCCCCAAGUUUGAGUUCAUGUCACACGCAAAACCGUCUUUGUUUGAGUACCCAAAACCCACCACGGUUCCUACAGCCAAUACCGCUGUGAAACUUCCAACCGCUGUUCUCUCAACCUCAGUUAAAGCCAAAGCUAGGGCUAAGAAAGAAGCAGAGCAAAAAGCUAUUGCUGAAAAAACAUCUGGUCCUGAAAAACCUGUCAAUGAAAGUGGAUCUGGAAAAGGAAAAGCAUCAACUGAGAAGGAAGGAGACUCUAUGCAGGUCGAUAGCCCAGCAGCGGUCGAGAAGAAAGCUGCUGAGCCAGAGCCAGCAUUUGAGAUUCUAGUGAACCCAGCUCGAGUAGUCCCAGCACAAGAGAAAUACAUAAAGUUACUUGAAGACAGCAGAUACGUACCAGUGAAGCUAGCUCCAUCAGGUUUCGUUCUUCUCAAAGACUUGCGUCAACACGAGCCAGAGGUUCUCUCUCUGACCGACGCACCAACUUCAACAGCUUCUCCUGCAACUGGUGCAGCAGCGGCUGCACAAGGAACCACAGCCUCGGCUAUGGCCGUAGAUGACGAACCACAACCUCCCCAAGCCUUUGAAUACGCUUCAUGAUUUUAUUUUCUUUUAAAAUUAGUGGGAAUUUGUUGUUGGUUUUAUUGGUUUCUGUUGAAAGACAAAAAGGCAGAGAAAAAAAACAGAUCUUUGAAUU